GCAGAGGGGAGGAAGAGAGAGAGAAGGGGGUGGGGGUAAGCCAUUCGUGAGUCUCCCUUUCUGAUCUUACAGACAAAAUUGCAAAGGAAAUCUAUAGAGGUGAGGAGGAGGAGGGAAGAGAGAGAGGUUGCAGAAGAAUCUAUAGAGAAUUCUCAGAGAGGAGGAAAACCAAAAUCGCAUGGGGAGUUGCUUGGUGAAGGCAGAGAAGGCGACGCAGCCCAGCACCAGCACCAGCACCACUCGACCCACAAGCCCAGGAACGACGUCGACCUCCAGAUGGAGCAGCAGCGGCGCGCAUUUCUCGUCAUCCACGGGGGACUCGCUGUUCUCCGGCGGGGAGCUGCCGGAGGGACAGAUUCUGCCGAUGCCCACCCUGAAGGUGUUCACCUUCGGGGAGCUGAAGACGGCGACGAGGGGAUUCCGGCCGGACACGCUGCUGGGAGAAGGGGGGUUCGGGAGGGUGUUCAAGGGGUGGUUGGACGAGAAGACGCUGGCACCCUCCAGGGCCGGCGUCGGAAUCGUCGUCGCCAUCAAGAAGCUCAACAAGGAGAGCAUGCAGGGCUGGCAGGAAUGGCAGUCUGAAAUCAACUACUUGGGGAGGCUCUCACACGCCAACUUGGUGAAGCUGCUGGGAUAUUGCUUCGACCAAAAUGAACUUCUUCUCGUGUAUGAAUACGUGCAGAAGGGCAGCCUCGAAAACCACCUUUUCAGAAGGAGCUCUGCGUUAGAGCCUCUGUCGUGGGAGACUCGCCUCAAAAUUUUGAUUGGUGCUGCAAGGGGUCUGGUUUUCUUACACACUUCUAAUAGGCAAAUCAUCUACAGGGAUUUUAAGGCGUCCAAUAUCUUGCUUGACGCGAACUACAAUCCGAAGAUAGCAGAUUUUGGGCUAGCCAAAGACGGGCCGGAAGGCAGCGACUCCCACGUUACGACUCGUGUCAUCGGCACCAACGGCUAUGCCGCUCCUGAGUAUGUAGCCACAGGGCACUUGUAUGUGAAAAGCGACGUCUACGGCUUCGGUGUCGUGCUGCUGGAGAUGAUGACAGGACAGAGGGCGCUGGACCCGAACCGGCCUAGCGGGCAGCACAACCUGGUCGAGUGGACCAAGCCGAUGCUUGGGGAUCGCCGGAAGGUGGUGAGCAUCAUGGACCCACGGCUGGAGGGCAGGUUCCCGAGUAAAGCGGCCGUCGCAGCUGCUCGGCUCGUGAUGAGAUGUAUCGAGUCGGAGCCGAAGCACCGGCCUCACAUGAGAGAGGUUUUGGAGACGCUGGAGUCCAUCGAGGACAUCGGCAACAACGACAGACAGAGAGUCGCGCGGUCCGGCGAACCGAGGGGGGAAGAGCGGAGCCACCGCCGUCGCCACCAUCUUCACGGCCAGAAUCCGGCAGGCGGGCACUCGCCUUUGCCUGGGAGAAUGGAUCAUGGGCACCGACGGUUGCAUGCUGCGCCAUCACCUGUUAGGGCGCGAUGACGGCCGUGAACAAGUUUGGUGUUCGGCUUUGAUUUUUUGUUUCUCUCUCUCUCUUUCCCCUUUCUUCUUCUAUUUUUGUAUUCGUGUGCAGCCGGCAUUAAGUUUCCAAUUCGUCUAUUGUUAACGUUAAUUAAGCGUCCUGAAAGCAUGAUGUAAGUUAGAAAAGAAUCCGCAAUUGGGAAAAACUUUCUUCUUGUUGGAAAUUUUGAUAAAACAAGCUUUGUCUUUCGUUU